AGAGAUAAGAAGCAAAACAACAUUAUUAUUUUUGGACUAAAAGAGGAAGAAGAAUCUACGUCAGAACUUAUACAAGUGGCUAAGAAGAUAUUUAAUAAAGACCUAAAUAUAAUUAUUGGUGAUUUUGAAAUAAACAAAAUUUAUCGCAUCGGAAAGAAAAGCCCCGAUGGAAAGCCGAGACCCGUUCUGCUUUCCUUUGUCAAUUUAUGGAAGAAAAAUGAAGUAAUGAAAGUCCGAAAAAAUUUUAAAGACAUAUAUAUCACAGAGGAUUAUUCUAAAGAAAUUCUAGAGAAGAGAAAAAAUUUACAAGCUAAAUUGAAAGAGGAAAGAAUGAAAGGGAAUUACGCAUAUCUUAAAUAUGACAAGCUUGUAGUAAAAGAAACUAGUACAACCAAUGAAAAAAGAAAGAGAGAAAUAUCUUCAUCACCACGAGAUAAUACACAACCCAAUAAACAACAAGCCUGGAUGACAUCACACAAUAACAGGCGUAACGCCUUUGAUGUCAUGAGAGGACGAUCCAAUUCUCUUUCUUCAUAUACAGCGGAUAAUAGGCAGUAACAACCAGCUAUCGGCAACCGGAAAACACAGCAACAUAAAAAUAUUGAAAACCAAAUAACUAAAAACCACCAACCUCCCCCAAGCCGACUGGUCCUCGUGGGGGAAAAUGACCACGACCCUCUAAAGAUAAAAAA